GCUCACCAAAUUAUGAUGACAGACUUCCCGUCUCUUCUCUUUAGCCUAUACCGUUUCACCUUGGAUUGGUUUUGGUAUUUGUAAUUUGAGUAUGUUUUUGAGAGCUUUUCGAAGAAUGCCUGCCAUAGUCAGUUCACGCCCUUUCCAAACAGCGUCGUUCCAACGUAAGGUUGCAAUUUAUGAUUUUGAAAAAGUUCGAGAAUUGAGUAAACGGGCUAAAGCUGAAAGCAAGAGUCCCAUCUUAAUUGAUGUUCGUGAGCCUGGCGAGUUUGAAGCAGGAUCCAUCAACACGGCAGUCAACCUGCCUGUUGGUAAAUUAGAAGAUGCAUUGAAAUUGGGAGACAAAGAGUUUUUAGAAACCUAUGGUUUCCGGAGACCUUCUAUUACCGACAGUAUUGUUGUUUACUGUCGAUCAGGUGCACGCAGUACAACCGCUUCCAAGAUUUUGUCUGAGAAAGGCUAUGAUAAUAUUGGAAAUUAUACUGGUUCUUGGCUCGAUUGGUCUGCCAAAAUUAAGAAUUAAGUGGACGCAGCCAGGUUUGAAUUAGCUUGUGCUCAUUGAUGAUGCGCAUUUUGUUCUUCUUGAAGUUACCAAAGAGAGAAUUACGAUUACGAUGAAUGGUAUUGUAUUUGCGGGUUUUUCAAGCCGGGUGUAAAUCUUUAGCAAUCUACGCGUUACUUUUCUGGUACAAGAAAAAAAGGUAUAAUGGUCUUUGAAAUUAAGUAAGAGUGCUUGAUGAAUAACAUUUGCCUUAAAUGAUAACAUAUGUGAAUCACAAUGAAUGAUACAUUUUAAAACAAUAAAUAUGGAUAUCUUCCAAACGCUCUAUGGCUGGUUAUACUGCUAAGUAAAGGCUUGCUAUCCCAUUACUGCUCAGUGCAGUUGAUAGUAAGGUAGGUUUACCUGCUAGACUAACCACCUGCAUAGUAAAGGGUCUUUUGGAUAGAUUAAUGGGCUUUUGCAUAUUCAGUAUAUAAUCUAAAAGAUGUCCGGACAGCUUCCUACUUCAAAAAUAUGAUCAAACUGUUUCAAAUCAGGUUCACCAUGUACAGCGCA